CAUCACCACCAAACCAUCUCUACACAAUGCCGGCCUCUAUCUCCCUUUCCACUUCCUAUGCCUGGCCGGCACAAGCAACACACUCGCCUAUACUUGUCGCCAGGCAGGACGCAGGUAACGGUACCACAGAACCAUCCGCCGAAGCUUCUCAGGAGGCAGCACCAUCCUCCGCCGCCCCCGCACAGUCGUCCGAUGCCCAACAAGAUUCCUCUCCUGCUGCUUCUGCUUCGCCCACUCAAACAUCUGAAUUACAACCAUCGCCGUCCUCGGAUGAUGCUGCCCAAUCUACAUCGCCUUCCCCUACACCCACAUCCGACGCUCAAACGACCACUUCUGAAGCCUCUGCAGAACCUCAACCGUCAUCAGCGGCACCAACUUCGGAUCCUGCACCCUCAUCCGAAGCCCCAGCGUCAUCUGCACAGCCCACCUCUGAAGCUCAGCCUACAACAUCAGAAGCACCACCCAGUUCUGCACAGGAGUCACAAUCCGCCUCGCCUUCUCCGUCGCCAUCGCCGUCUGUCACUACCACAGCUAGCCCAAGUGAAAGUCCCAGUGCCUCACCGACUCCUAGUCCCAGUCAAAGUGCGAGUCCAAGUGCAACAGAAAGUGCGAGUCCUAGCGAGCAAGCAAGCAGUCAGGGCGUGACGACCAUUUACUCUACCACGCAGCCUGUCUCUAGUCAAGCUGCUCAAUCAAGCGCCGCACAAGCCUCCAGCGCAACCCCAUCAACGACAGAAGUCACAACGGUGGUCGUCGGCGGCUCCACUACUGCAUCUUCUACUGCUCAACAGUCAUCCGCAGACAAUUCAUCUCGAGCUGGUACCCUAACCUCUACCAUCGUCAUUUCCGAUACAUCCUCUAGUCAAAGUACCGCGGCAGAAUCAGCAUUUGUCGCAACCACCACAGACUCCGCCGGUCAUUCUAUCACAACCACUCCCGCUUCUUACACCUCCUCCUAUGUGACCACUUCCGAUGGCGAAGUCUACACCGUCACCCAAAUUGUCCACAAUCCCACUGGCGCCCUCGACACCGGUAGUUCGUCAUCUGACUCUUCCACCAAUACCUUUUUCAGCAACAAAGGUGCCGUUGCUGGAACGUUCGUUGUGGUCGGUCUUGUUGUCAUCGGAUUAAUUCUCGCCUUGAGUCUGUUAUGUUUCAGGAGACGAAGAAGACAGAGACUCGACAGGGAGGUCACAGCGGCUGCCAUGGCCGCCCCUGCAGGUGCCACUGGACGACCCCCUCUCGAUGAGGAUAAAGGCUACAAUCCCUCUUCUGGCCCCCAAACUAGCGAAUCGUACCCUUCUACCGCCAAUCAGACACCCAUGGGCCAGUACGAUGGAUACGGCGCAACUUACGGCGACCCUCAUGGAGGUUACGACCCGUACGCAGCUGCAGCGGCCGGAUAUGGCGCGACGGGCGGAUAUGAAACCAUGCAACCCGGCGGACAAGGGUAUUAUUAUGACCCUCACGCUCCUCCAGAGCAGUAUAGCGUCCCUGAGCAGUACAGUGAUGCCCCAACGCAUUCUGGUGAGGCGUAUAGCGAUGUACCGCUCAAUGAAGAGGGGCAGCAUUACUACUUUGACCCAAGCCAGGCGCAUGCCUACGCACCGGAAGGAGAAGGUUAUGGAGAUGCUUAUGGAGGGUACUCGGGAACAGAGGGAAGUGUUGGGACGCCGCAGCAUGAAAGGGAAAACCCGUUACAUGUUGCGAACCCUUCUCGGCAAUAAAUGGCAUAUGUAAUAUAUCGAUCUUUUACAAUUUUUUUCCAAACAUCCAUUUCACAACAGAUAUCAUAUACGUCCCAAACACUCUUUUAGAAUAAAGUUACGGACUCUCGGUAGGGAUUAUGUGGGUUUCAGCAUGAGCCUGUUUUUCUUUUUUUUUGUGAUUUCUCACUACUAUUCGCACUUUCCUUUCUUUUGCUUUUUCGCUUCUUUAUAAUUCAAAAAGCCAGUCCCUGGAUCAAGCCCCAGGCUGAGCUAGUCCUUCCAUCUGAAUGCUGCACUCGCAUCCGUGUCCGUUCCUUUCUGUAGCCUCGUACUUGUAGCUUAUCUAUCAGCUGAUGCCUGUUUUUUUUCUCUCUCCAAGGAUAUCUAAAUGCAUA